AUGCCGUCCUUCAGCUACGCGUUGCAGAUACCGACUCCCAUUCCGAAGGACUUGGUCUCCCUAUUUUCGCAAAGUGAUGGCAAUGACAUCGUCGAACCUCCUUCGAAGAAACGCAAAACUCAAGACAAGGGGUCCGUUUUUGAUACAGAGAACGCAUCGCAUUAUCUGCCUCAAUACUUAACGGCGACCCGCCUCAGUUUAAAACUUACAUUUGAUGGGCCACCCCCUGAACAUAAUAGCAUCGGAUACGACGCGUCUCUGAAGAUCCCAACCUUUCUAUACAUUCAACGCCGUUACAAUCCUAACAGCCCUCCGUCUGUUUUCGAAAUCCAAAGUUAUGAUUGCCGGUUGGUUAUCGAGACCCCGGACCUUGGAGAAUAUAACCCUUUUAUACAUUAUAUUGGCAGCCUCCGCUCAAUCUAUUCCACAUUCAAAAAAGUGCCCUCUGCUUGCUACCGGUCUUUUAUUUGUAAAGAUCCUGAGGAUGGGCUAUCUUUCCUGCUUGACGUACAAUUUCUCUGGCAUGACUCCCUGAGACUUUCUGAAAAAAUUACUCCCGCCGUUAGGGGAGCAGCCGCACGGUAUUUCCCUGGUGGGCAACCUUUCGUCGACACGGGCAGAUUUGGUAGUUUGCCAGACUGGACCCCGAACGAAUUUUACCACAAUGUUCAUGUUCCAACGACCCAGGUGAACCUGUCUGCUAUCAAGGGGUUUGAAUCAAUAAAGUCCCAGCUAUUUCCAUUUCAAGAACGAACAGUAGGAUGGCUACUGAGAAGAGAGGGCAUUGAGGUGCUUCCGGACGGUACAUUGCGUUCUCUCGUUGAUAAAUACUUGCCAUUCUCGUUCAUACAGACCACGGAUGCGGACGGCCGCCCAUGUUUCAUAAGUCGUCUCCUUUGUAUUGCUGUCUCUGAUCUUUCAGCAUGGCCAUAUGCGAGCCAGAUAAACGGCGGAGUUCUUGCAGAAGAGAUGGGUCUGGGUAAAACCGUUGAGCUGUUAAGCCUUAUCUGCUUGCAUAAGCGGCCUCAAUCGGAUAUCUCCGCGCCUUAUCCUGGUGCAAAGCUCUACAAGUCUGGUGCGACUUUGAUCAUUACGCCGGCGGCGAUUUUAGAGCAAUGGAAGCAAGAAAUUUCGAAGCAUGCCCCUAGCCUCCGAUUUGCGCAUUACAAAGGAAUUCAAAAUAGUGAUUUACCGGACGAAGCGAUGCUGCAACAUCUGGCAUCCCAGGACAUCGUUCUUACAACUUACAAUGUGCUUCAAAGGGAAGUACAUUACGCCGAAGAUCCGCCGGAUCGAUCUCUACGUCAUCGAAGCAAAGCACCAAGACGGAAAUCUCCAUUGGUUCAAAUAUCUUGGUGGCGGGUCUGUAUCGACGAGGCUCAGAUGGUCGAAUCUGGCGUGACUAACGCCGCAAGGGUGGCUCGGAUUAUCCCACGAUGCAAUGCUUGGGCAGUGACUGUUGAAGAACAGCGAUACGAACAGCUUUUUCAGCAAAUGUGCGACGAAUGUGGCCUAGACUCUAACGGUUGCCCUGUGGGAGACCCCGACACACCAUGGCCAGUUGAGAAGAUGAGGUCUUGGUUAACAAGACUGCGCCAGGCAUGCCUUCACCCCGAAAUAACGGUAAGCAAUACCAGACGCGUUUUCGGAAGCGGUCCUCUUCGUUCUGUUGCCGAAGUCCUUGAGGUCAUGAUUGAUCAAAAUGAGGUGCAAAUACGUUCGGAGGAACGUACACUCUUGCUCUCUCAGCUUCGAAGAGGACAACUCUUGGAAAAUGCAGAAGCUCCAAAGGAAGCAUUAAAGCUUUGGGAACAAACUUUGUCAGCAGUCCAAGAAAUCGUCGCUGAUUGUAGACUUCAACUCGCGGAAAUAUUGGAGGGCAUGGAAAAUGAAGAGUCUGGCAACCUGAGCAUAUCUGACACUGAAGAUGAAGAGGCUGAAGGAGAAGAAAAGAACCGCAUUGGAACAUGUCGACAACGACUUCACGGAGCGCUAGAGCUUGAACAUAUGUGCAAAUUCUUUAUUGCUAGCGCAUUCUAUCAAAUAAAAACCGAUGAACGGUUUACAAAAGCUGGUUCUGAAGCUUUCAAGGACCUGGAAAGGCUAGAAGAAGAGAAUUAUGAGGCUGCAAAACUCAUUCGAAGGGAAAUGUUGACUGAGACAAGUCACAAGGUCAACAAGCACAUCAACGUGGUCAGAGCCAAAGCAAAACAGCAGGGGCUGGUCCAAAUUCCACGCAUGGCAGCUAAACUCGACCCUGGGGGCAUUGAAAGCCAGCGUAUUCUAGAUCACCUUGAUGAUUUCUGUGAAGCCAUAAACCGGCAUACAGCCAAAUUCAAUAAAUGGCGAGAUCACAUGGUCAAACUCAUCCUAAGACCUCUUGUCGAUGAAGAAGAUGCUACGAAUUUGCAAGGAAACGAAUAUGAAUCUUCUACAAAAGUCCAAGAUGAAAUGUAUGUGUACAUGGAAGCCUUACGUGCCAUGGUGGCAGAUCAUCAUGAUGCCAUUACUGGCCAGACCAAUGCUUUGGUUAAACAUGAGAUGACGCAGGCUUUGGCUUGUGAGAAACUAAAAGUUCCAAAAGAACUCGGCUCGUUGCGCGGUAUCCUCAACGACCUUCGGACUUUGGUUGUUUCUCUAGAAUGGCAGGAGAGUGGCGGCAGUGCUCGGGCUCGUGCUGAACUUGCUAUUGUUGAAGACCUUCACAAGGCAGUGAGCACGAUGUUCUCCACACAUUCAAAGGUAGUUCAGAGGCUAGAAAAGGAGAUCAUUAUGUUUCAAAAGGUGACGAAUCGAAGAUUGGAAUACUACCGGCACCUCCAGCAGAUUUCCGACACGGUAGCACCUUACGAUGAAACAACCAAGGGUGAACCGUUGGAUAGGGAACAGUUCCAAGCAAGAAUACAAGCUGAGGAACGAAUAAAGGUCAAGGCUUCAGGUUUGAAGGCUAAGCGCCGUUAUCUCAUUCACCUUCGGGACGAUGUCACGGGGAGUGAGACGUCAAGGAUUUGCAUCAUCUGCCAGUCUAAUUUUGAAAUAGGUGUUUUGACAGUAUGUGGGCAUAAAUACUGCAAAGAAUGUUUGCGGCAUUGGUGGCGUCAGCACCGAUCAUGUCCUACGUGCAAAACCAGGCUUCGAUCCAAUGAAUUGCAUCAAAUCACCUAUAAACCUUCUGAGCUAGUGGCCCAAGAAGAAAAGACGUCGGGACACUUGGAAUCAGAUCACGCAAUGAAAAACGCGAUAUAUUCUGAUAUCGAGAGUAGGGACCUAAAAGAAAUUAAAGACAUUGAUAUUGAUGGAUCUUUUGGAACUAAGAUAGACACGCUUGCCAGACAUCUUAUCUGGCUACGGCAUCAUGAUCCAGGCGCAAAGUCCAUUGUUUUCUCUCAGUAUAAAUCAUUUCUGGGAAUCUUGGCGAACGCAUUUAAACGAUUCAAAAUUGAGUUUAGUAGCAUUGACAGUCCCGAUGGAAUUGAACGGUUUAAAAAGGAACCCUCGGUUGAAUGCUUUCUUUUGCAUGCCAAAGCCCACUCCUCUGGGCUGAACCUGGUCAAUGCAACACACGUUUUUCUGUGCGAACCCUUAAUCAACACGGCCAUCGAGCUUCAAGCAAUCGCUCGAGUGCACCGGAUCGGUCAGCAUCGCGAGACCACUGUUUGGAUGUACCUCGUCUCCGAUUCGGUGGAGGAAUCUAUCUAUCAGAUCUCGGUUUCUCGGAGGUUGGAGCACAUCGCCCGUAAGCGAAAACAAGUCUCCCAAAACGGCAAAAUCCCUCGAUCAGGUAUAAAUGGGAACGGUGCCAUGGGCAUCUCGGAUCUCACGGAAAUUGAUAUCGACUCUGCUAAUUCCCUUGAGAUGCAAGACGCCGCCCUUGGGAAGAUGCUGGUUGGUCGGGCGACGGAGGGAGAAAAUGUCGAUGAUGACGACGUAUGGCGAUGCCUGUUCGGGGGCCCCAAAAAGGCCGGCUUCUUGGCUGAAGAAGGGACCAUUGACAAUAUCCAUAUGGGUGUUGACCGGAUGCUAAGGGCCGACGCCGCAGAGAGAAGAAGGGACAUAGAUAGCGAGUGA